UCCGACCAUGGUAUUUAGUUUCCUUCUUCUCAUCCUCCUCCCGACUCUAAUGGAAUCCAGAAGUUUGAGAGAAGACGGGGACGUUUUCUUAGGAACAUUUCUCCGGGCUAGAGAUAACCAGAACAUCAUUAAUCUUACCAGGAGUACACAAACAGAUAUUUCUCAACCAAGCUUUCUCCAAAGAUCAGGAAACCUUGAACCUAGCUCCAACCAUAGAUCAGGAAGCCUUGAACCUAGCUCUAACCAGAGGUCAGGAAACCUUGAACCUAGCUCCAACCAGAGAUCAGGAAACCUUGAACCUAGCUCCAACCAGAGAUCAGGAAGUCCUGAUUAUUUCUUCAAGAAGGUUCAGGAGAUCCUAAACCAAGGAUCUGCCAAGAACCCAGAAACAGGACGUGCUAGCUCCGAGACAAGCUUUAGUUCUGAAGAUAAAUUUAGCUCUUCCCCUUUUUUUCCAUCAGAAGAACGUAAGUACUGAGGUUUAAUCUUUUUGUUUUGCACAUCGUUUAAAUAUCUGAAAUCCGUGGAAAAAUCUCGAAAAAUCCCUUUGUUUUACCAUAUGAAAACUGAACUAAAAUUUUUUUCUUAUUUUCUUUAGUAAUAAAACUAACUACUCACUAAUAACAUUCCAGGAGACAUUGAAUUGAAGAUUUUAUCGAAACUUGCGUGAUCAUUGUGCAGGGACUUCAUAUCAAACUUCAAAUUAAAACCAGUCGACUAAACAAUGCUAUU